CCAAGGCGUUGGGAUUGGUCGGGACCCUGGAGGCGACUCCGAACGUGGCGCGGGGUUUGCCAGCUGCGGCGUGGCGGGGACUGGUGGGCGGAAUGUCCCAAGCCGGUGGCGGUGCGGACGGUGAUGCGGGACAAGAAAACUCUGCUGCUGCCGGCCCGUUCAGCUUCAGCCCGGAGCCCACGCUUGAGGACAUCCGACGUCUCCAUGCAGAAUUUGCUGCUGAACGGGACUGGGAGCAGUUCCACCGACCUCGGAACCUGCUCCUAGCCUUGGUGGGAGAAGUGGGUGAGCUGGCGGAACUCUUCCAGUGGAAGUCUGAUGCAGAGCCUGGUCCUCAAGCCUGGCUGCCAAAGGAACGAGCAGCCCUUCAGGAGGAGCUCAGCGACGUCCUCAUCUACCUGGUGGCAUUAGCAGCCCGUUGUCGUGUGGAUUUACCUCGAGCAGUAAUUGCCAAAAUGGACACCAACCGACGACGCUACCCAGUCCAUCUCUCCCGAGGUUCUGCCUGCAAGUACACAGACUUGCCCCACGGGGCCAUCCCCGAAAACCAGGCUGUAGGGGCUGCAGAACCUACCUCUGAGUUUGAAAGCCAGGCCUCCACCUAGGAAACAGUGUCAGAACAGCAGAGAUGGACUCGUUCUAGUCCGUUCUUAACUGAGUCAUAGGUCUGAGGCCCGGGUUUCCAAAAGAUAAUCUCCUGGUCUCUUCUCUCUCAAUAAAAUGAUACAUGACAACGACGUCUAGAUUUUUCCUGGGUGGCUAGGUGGAACAUCUCAGGGCCUUCAGAGAAGCAGGCUUACAAAAGCAGAGAACCGGAAGUAAAUGUGGGCCACAAGGCUUUGAUGAGUGCAGAAUACAGCUUCCUUUCCUCUUUGGUCCCUUGGUACAAGUAAAGGCCACCCACCCCUCUCACCUGGCUAAUUCUGUUCUUCCUCUGCAACGAGGUGGUACUGUGUGAAUGAUUUAUGUGGUGUGUAACCUAAGGCACCCCCCCUUCCCCUAAGACUGUUAGGCCUGCCUCCCCAAAACAGGGUCACACAGAGAAAGCAGUAGUAGUGAUUAUCUGCCCCUCAGCCUGUUUGCACAUUAGUGAAGUGAGGGUUUCCCAGCACCCUCUCCUGCCCCUCUUGCCUUCCCAGGUAAAGCAAGUAAGUCAUCAUUAAACUG